AUGAGUGAUGUCCCCCGGCAGCCGCGCCACCGCGAUGGCCUGCCUUACUCCUUGAAUCACCGCCCUCACCGCGUACUCUGGUCCUGCUGGCAAAUUGCCAUCUUUCUUCUCCUUUUUGCCGUGACGAUACUUGGUCUCACUCUCAUCCCUUUCGGUAUCUCCAACAACGCUUCCCCAGGUAAACAUGGCCAUGACGACGAGCAUCAGAGCCAAGACACUCAUCCCGUCGAUGAGUCUCAAUCAGAACCUCAACCCACAACAACGCCACAGCAUGAAAUACCUUCUAGCCCACGUCUUAGAGACCCGUCAGAAUAUAUCUUGGACAUGUCAUGGGACCACGAUGCUGCUCCGACCACGCGCGAGUACAACUGGACCAUCACCAAUGCUGAUCUCAACCCGGACGGCGUGUACCGUCCGAUGUAUCUCAUCGAUAAUCAGUUCCCAGGUCCACUUGUCGAAUGUAACGAUGGCGACACCAUCGUUAUUCACGUCCACAAUCAAGCCGUCAACUCUACCGCCAUCCAUUUCCACGGCCUCUUUCAGAAUGGCUCCAAUUUCAUGGACGGCACCGUCGGCGUGACCCAGUGUCCUAUUGCACCCAAGUCCUCCUUCACAUACACUUUUACAAUCAAUGGCCAGUCUGGCACGUAUUGGUAUCACGCACAUCACAGUGCUCAAGCUUCAGACGGUCUGCUCGGUCCAGUUGUCGUUCACGCCAAGGACGAGCGCACCACGCUGCAGGAGCUUGACUACGACUCGGAUAGAAUCAUCAUGGUCCAAGAUCACUACCAUAACCUCACCUCCGAGCUGCUGAUGGACUACCUUCAGCCAGACAUGGAAAACGAUGAGCCCGUCCCGGAUAAUGCCCUCGUCAACGGACGCGGCGUCCGCGACUGCGCCGACUUUCCCGGCUGGCGAUGCGACACCGCCAAUGUCUCCAAUCCCGUCUUUAACCUUGCGGCCAAUAAGCGCCACCGCUUGCGCGUCAUUAAUGUUGGCGCCUUUGCCGAGUUUCAAAUCCAGUUUGAUGAGCACCCUUUUUACGUCACCGAAGUCGACGGCACCGAUGUUCAUCCAGAGCCCUUUCACAGGCUCAACAUCUUGCCCGCGCAGCGAUAUAGCGUUGUACUCGAAACCAACAUAACUACCGCCGAGUCCUUCUGGAUGCGCUCUCGCAUGAUUACGCACUGCUUCACAACCCGAAACAAGCGCCUCGUUCCUGAGCUGCACUCCAUAAUACGCUAUCAGUCCAACGAGACACCCUUGCCGCCUGUCGCAGCGGAGCCCGCCAGCAAGGACUGGCCCGAGGCCAUCGAGGUCAUCUGCCGCGACCUCAAUGUCAGCGCCCUUCAUCCCGUCGUUGCGCAGUCUCCGCCGCCCGCCGACGAAUUUGUCUUUAUCCGCGCCAACUUUAUGAUUGGCGAUUGGGCCCUCGCUCGCGGCUUCUUCAACGGCUCGACAUGGCACGCCAACGCCACGCAUCCGUCUCUGCACCGCUACCUAGAUAGGAUCGGCGCCGCUGACGCCGCCAAAUCCCCCAAGCGGUCGGCCGCCAUGGCUAUUAGCGACACGGUAUUUGACCCAGAGCACGAGUAUGUCCUCGAAACAACCGGCACGCGCACCAUUGACCUGGCCAUCAACAACUUUGACGACGGCUCCCACCCGUUCCACCUCCACGGACACAAGUUUUAUGUCCUCGUCCAGGGCGAGACGGGCUACCCGCCUGAGGAGCAUGAAUUACCUGCGUAUUUGAAGGAGCACAGCCUUUUGGAAAAUCCUGUGCGUCGCGACACAGUCACCGUCGAGGGCUACGGCUGGGUCAUUAUACGCGUCGUCCUCGACAACCCGGGCCUCUGGGCCUUUCACUGCCACAACACCUGGCACUCCGAGUCGGGCAUGGUGAUGCAGUUCCUCGUCGGCAGCGACGUCGUGCGGAAGUGGACCGUCGACGAGAAGCAAAGGGAUAUGUGUAUGCGAGACGGCGUCAUGACCGGCAUGCGGCCGUCGGACGAUAUCUGGUUCGGCCAGAUUACCAAGUAA